AUUGUCGCAAUUGAUUCGCCAAACAUCAAAAACAAAAAAGGAAUUCUCAUUGUUCAUUCAACAAUCUUUCUAUUUUCAUUUAGAUAUAUUCGUUACGGUUGACAGAAUUUUCUUUUCGUCAAAGUCAACGACCCGAUCACGACGACGACGACGACGAGAAGACGAUAAACCCAACAAGUGCAAUAUUGUCAUUUAUUAUAUCAACGUCAUAUUAUUAUUACAUUUUGAUGAUCGUAUUUGGAAGAGACUUGUGAAAAAAUCCGAUUCGAUUAAUUUUUGGCUUGCACACGUUUGUGGACCAUCCCAUCAUCUGUUUAUAAUUUUUUUUAUUGGUUCAAGUCAUGACAACUUUUAUGAUGAUGAUGAUGAAAUGUGCCAAGAUUUUUUCAUCAAUAAUGAUGUUGAUGUUAAUGGCCAUUAUUAUGGUGCAUGGACAGACAUCAUCAUUUGUUGCUCAAUCAUCAUCAAUAAAUCCAUGGAUGCCUCCACAACCAGCACCAUUAGUAUGGGUUAAUAAUCGAAAUCAACAAUCAUCAUUAUCACGUGUAGCUAGAGCAACAAUUUCAGCGCCUAUUCCGGUUGCACCAAAACCAACGCCCACUUUAAUUGCUUCUACGAGACCGGUAACAGCUAUUGUUCCAGUAAUGGCAGCCACAAUCGUUCCAGUUGUAUCAGCAUUCCAACCGCAAUUAUUGGCACCAGUUUCAAUAUCACAACCGAUAGCAAUGGCUAGCAACAGUAAUUCGAAUUACUUUACAUUAUCAUCGGUUCAACGGCGACGACACACUAUUCGAUAUCAGGCACCAAAAGGAUCAUCGAAAAAUUCAACUUUGGCUUCACCAUCAGAGGCACCGGAAGAAAUUGCUAAACCACAAACAAUCAAUGUACCAAUCGGUAUUUCUCAUUAUAAACCAAUACAAUUUGUCGAUUCAUUACAACCAUUUCAACAGCCGACUGAUUACAAAGCUUUUAUUGAAAGUUUUAAUGUUAUAAACAAAAAUUCUACUAGCAACAACAACAAUAAUAAUAAAGUGAAAUCAGAUAGAGGUCAAAAGCCUACGGAUAAACGUCAAACUGAUAAACAUUCAACGAAACCAUCUGCUACAUCAACGAUAUUAUCAAAUGAAUCAGAAUCAACGAAUGAUCCAAAUGAAAUAAAAUAGUUGAAACAGCCGAAGGUUUUGUUCCAGAUGGUAAUGGUAUCCGUACCGAUUCAGGUUUCGUUCAUAAA